AUGUCGCGCACGCGCAUCGACCUGAGCAAGGUGGCGAUGGAACGCGCGACGUCGACGACGCGGGCGUCGAGCGGGGACGAGAUAUGGGCCUCGCUGCGACAGGGAGGGCAGGAGUUGGUGGAAAAGGAGCCGCUCAUGGGGGGGUUCGUGUACGCGACGAUUCUGAACCAGCCGACGUUUGAGCGCGCGUUGGCGUUUUUGGUGGCGUCUAAAAUCGCGAACGCGACGAUACUUCAGGGACAGUGGAACGAUUUGAUCAUGGAGGCGCUCAACGCGACGAAUGAGGAGGGGAAUCGCGUGCAGAACGGACCGGGGACGGGUUCGAUCUCAGAGGCGGCGAGGGAGGAUUUGAAGGCUAUCGUCGAGCGGGACCCGGCGUGUCCUUCGUACACGCACGCAUUCUGCUUCUUCAAGGGGUUUCAGGGCUUACAGGCCCAGCGCGUCUCUCACUGGCUCUGGGGUCAUCACCGAAAAGUUUUGGCGUGCAAGAUGCAGAGCUUGGUCUCGGAGGUUUUCAACAUGGAUCUGCACCCAGCUGCAAAGUUUGGAAGAGGAAUCAUGAUAGACCACGGACACGGGGUCGUCGUCGGCGAGACGGCGGUCGUCGACGACGGCUGCACGCUCCUGCACGGCGUCACCCUCGGUGGCACUGGAAAGGUUAGGGGCGACCGCCAUCCCAAGCUCGGUAAACGAGUCGUCGUGGGUUCGAACGCGAGCGUGCUCGGAAACAUUACCGUCGGACAUGAUUGUAAAAUUGGCGCGGGCGCGGCGCUCAUGCAUGACUUGCCGCCGAACACCACCGUGGUCGGCCACAAGGGACGCGUCGUGACGAAGAAGACGAUGUCAAAGCUCUAA